GGGAAACAAACAGAGGAAAAUCGGCGUUUAUAAAAGAGAGGUCCUGCGGUUCUUUUCUUUCUCUCUCUCUCUCUCUCUUCCUAUUUUCUCAAAUUUGUUUGAGUUUUGUUGAGCACACAUUUCCUGAUCAUUCUGGCUACCACCGUAUCAACAUGGCAUUCCAAUUCGGCAACACGAGCAACAAUGAAAAGUGGGUGUUGACCAAUGCGUCCAAGCGUAGAAUGGAUGAUGACGACGACGAUGAUUAUGCUGCUGGCACAGCAACAGGCGAAGAGGGCAUCAAACGGCUGCAGAACCAACAGCAUCACCAGCAGAAAACGCAGAUUGAUCUCACCACGCAAAACCAGCCAAACCUGCCGUCAAUUACGUUUGCCUCUGCCGACUAUCGUCCACCCCCACGACCAGACGCGCUUUGGCUACGAGCACCACCACCAGCAACGCACACUGUGAUGGACGAGGACCUGACCGAUGAAGACGAUGGACAGGCAGUUUUGACACCGUCGACGUCGUUGCAGCAUCCAUCGACGAGCAAACCACACCAGUACAGCACGACUCCCCUCGCCGGUUACGGGGUGGCGACUCCCCCCAUGUAGAUAACAUCAUCAUCAUCAUUAACAUCAUUAUCAUCAGCCAUUGCCAUCAUCUGUUCUUUCUUUCUUUCUCUCUCUCUCUCUGUGUGUGUGUGCAGCUUGCUGGUCAUCCUGUGUAUAUAUAUUAAAAGUCAAAGUAG